CCAAAUCCACAAGCAUUUUAAUUUCCUAUAAACAAACUUCGCCAUGGGCAUCAAUGGCGGAAGAAGAAAAGAUAGAAGAAUUGGCCAGGGUUGGGUUAGGUGUGAGAGAGUUCAAAUGUCAAAACAUCCCCUUGCGCCUUGUCCUCUUCCCGCACGUCUCGUUCUCAGCAUUUUUGUCUUUGAGGCCGUCAAUUCCAACGGCAACUCUUUCAGCCCUCUCUUUACUUUCCGUCGAUCACUUUAUAUUAAUUCCUUCGUUCGCUAUAUGUAGCUUCCUCGAGGGCCUUUCUUUGACAUGGAGAACUCAACCCACUCGUCGGUCGAUGCCUCGUCCUGUUCCUACGAAGAAGAGAGUGGUUGGACCACCUACUUCGAGGACUUCAUGGCGUCAGAGGAGAGGAGGAGAGCGGCAGGCGAUUCCUCCUCCAGCGUCGUCGUCGCAGGCAAUUCCAUGAUCUCGGAUGCAGCUUCCUGUGCUCCGAGGAUCAAGACGACCAAGGGGCAGCCGCCGACGGCGGGCCUGGAGGUGUCUGAAAAGUACAGGAAGUUGAGCUUGAAGAGGAGGAAGGGAAGGAGGCUGCUGGAGGACGACGCCUUGGAGGACACAGCAAGCUCCCCUGUUAACAGCCCCAAGAUCACUCCUUUGAGUGCAAUCCCAAGCAAGAAGGAUCAAAACCAGGACACUGCUCUGGAGGAUGGUUUUGUAGAGAGGGCGAGUGAAUGCACGGAGCUGAAGAAGAGAGGGCUCUGUUUGGUCCCUUUGUCCAUGAUCGACUUCAUAGUUUGAAAGUUUUAUGAAAUUAAAUUGCAUAGAAAGGGUGAAAUGGAGUUUAUAAAUGAUGAAAGAACAGAGAAACAAAAUUGGAUGUAUCUAAUGUUUAUUUACAAUUGAUGAAUG